UUUUUUCUUUUUUUCGACCUUUUCAUUUUUACCAGCUCAAAGUAUGGCGCCCCCACCACCUCCGCCGCCGCCACCGCCACCGCCGCCGCCGGGUCUGUAUGGAGACGCCCCUCCUGUGUCCUCUGGACCGCUGCUUGGCGGCUUUGCUCAGAACGACAGCGACGAUGACGGCGCCUCGUUCAUUGCGCCCGCCGCUGCAUCUGUCGUCGCACAGGCGCCUCAGACAAGCACGACCAUCCAGCCCACAGCCCAGGGCGCAGAUCGCUCGUGGGAGCGCGCUUGGUCGAUCGACGAGCUCAAGCAGGGCGCUGCAUCCUGGACGUUGGCCUCCGACUCUGGUCUGCUCUUGUUCCUCAAGGACCUUUCUACUCGCAUUCUCAACCGAACGCACGAAAUUGAGUCGCAAGUCGACGGCUUGGUCCACGAAACGCAAGCGACCAACGCUCGCCUGCACAACACAUUCAACGAGUUCUUGAUGCUGUCCAACACGCAAUUCAUUGAGAAUCGCGUGUACGAAGACGAGCUGGUCAACGAACCCGAAAAGCCAACAGAAACCACCGACGACGCGCCAGAAAAGACGCGCGAGCAGCUCGAAAGUGAGAUUGUGCCCAAGUUCUCCCAGGCCAUCCAGUUUGGCGUGGUCGUUCUCCAACACGCUUUCGUGCACAGCCAGGCGGAAAACCCCAACCACUCGGAUGACGAAGAAGCAGGAUUGCCGUCGGAUUACAUCCAAGAAACGGUGCUGGAGCCAAAGGACGUCUAUCUGCAUCGCCCUCUGCCUCACUUGAUCGGCUCUGCCGCCUUCCUCGAAGAUGAUGAUGUUGGUUUGCUGGACGUCUAUUCUGACGAAAGCGACGAAGAAGACAUGUCGCCGCUGGACCAGGACAUCCCGUCAUCGCGACAGAAUGCCGGCGCGCCCGACGAAGGCUUCACGUCGUCAGAGGAGGAGGAUGAGGCUGCUGGUCAACACCACGCGCACGGUCACGGACGUGCUCAUGAUGACGAUGAGGGAUUCACCUCGUCGGAAGCGUCCGGCUCGGGAUCCUCGUACGAGAGUGGCUCGGGCUCGGAGUACUCGGAAGACGAGCAGAGCGUUGCCGCGCCUCGCAAAGCGCUGCCCGCCCGUCCGCCGGCCUCAGACGAUCCAUUUGCCGAGGACGACGAGGAGGGCGAGCAAGAUCCGUUUGCCGGACCUUCGUCGGGCAAGGGCAACUUCCAAAGCGAGCUGGCUGCCAAGCUCUUCGGUGGCGCACCUACACGCCUUGGGGAUGAUGACGAGGAUGCCGGCGAUGUGGCUGCCGAUGCUCGCUCGACCCGCUCCAAGCGGUCUCGCAAGUCGCACCGUUCGCACAAGAAGAGCAAGAAACGCAGCGGCUCGUCGGCAACUCAGGCAACCGCUGCUGGUGCAGGUCUCUUUGGCGACGAAGACGAGCCCAGGGAUCCGUUUGAGUCGGAAGCUUUGUUCCAAGGAGGUGCUGCACGACGUGCCGCCAAGCCCUCUGGAGGCCUCUUCGACGACGAUGAUGAUGAUGAUGCUGCUGCUGAAGACGCGGCUGCCAACGACCGCUCCGACACCAAGUCCAUCAAGUCGACCAAAUCGUCCAAGUCCAAGUCAGGCCGGUCUCGCAAGCAACCAGCAACCGCUGCCGCAGGUGGCUUGUUUGAGGACGACGAGACGAGCUCCAUGUUUGAUGGUCCUGCCGAGACCAAGCCUCGCUCUGGCACCGUCACCUCGACCGUGUCCAAAAAGAAGAAGCCGAUUGGUGGCGUGUCCAUGUUUGGUCCUGCCGCUGGCAGCCUGUUUGCCGACGACGCACAAAGCGUUGCGAGCGAGGAAGCCGCGCCUGCUGCCGCCCCAGCCUCGGCUGCCGCUCCUGCCCGCCGCAAGCAGUCCUUCUCGAGCGACCUCUUUGGUGAUGACGAUGGCAGCACAUCGCUCUUUGGUGGGGCCAAGCCCGCCGCUGCAGCACCUGCUCCCGCUGCCGCGGCCAAACCAGCCGCUGCAAAGAAGGCGGCUCUGUUGUUUGGUGACAGCGACGAGGACGACGAUCUCCUCUCCGCUCCUGCCAAGAAACCGGCCUCGUCGUUGCCCGCUGCGUCUGCCAAAGCGCUGGAGGACGAUGAGGAAGAGGAGCCGGCUCCCGUUGUUGCCGCUGCGCCUGCGGAACCCCCCAAAAAGAAGUUGCCCCCUGGUGCCGUGUCCAUGCUUGGUGGUGCCGAUCCGUUCGGUACGCUCAAGCGAAGCAGCGGUGCGUCCGAUGCUGGCAGCUCUGACUCGCCUGUCGCUGCCCCGCCCGCGGCCGUCUCUUCUGCCUCAUCCGUCAAGAAGCCUGCCAAUGUCAUCAGCAUGUUUGGCGACGAGGACGAAGAUGAGGCGACGAAUUCAUUGAUUGGCGCCAAGUCCUCGCCAGCGACCGCUGCUCCUGCCAAGGUUGCACCCGCUGCCGCCGCCCCUGCUGCCGCCGCACCCCGCGCCCAAAAGUCGCUUGCCUCCAUGUUUGCCGACGAUGACGAUUCUGGCGACAUUUUCGGCGGAUCUGGUGGUCGUGGCGGAAGUGACCUGUUUGGCUCUGCCAAGCCUGCCCCCGCUGCUGCUCCUGCUGCUGCCAAGAAGCUGCCAACUGUCAGUCUGUUUGACGAUGAUGACGAUUUGUUUGGCAGCCCGAAACCUGCUGCUGCUGCUGCUGCUGCACCCACUGCUGCGUCCCCUGCUCCUGCUGCUGCUGCUGCCCCAGCUGCACAACCCAAAGCCAGCCCUGUGGCAGCUCCUGUCAAGUCCAAACCUGCCAAGGGCCUGUUUGGUGGCGAUGACGACGAGGACGACGACUCCAUGUUUGGCAGCAAGCCGGCACCCAAAGCUGCUGCUCCAGCUGCUGCGCCCGCGGCGGCGGCGCCUGCCGUGACCUCGCGUCCCCGUUCUGACACUGAAGAUCUGUUUGGCACGCCUGCCCCUGCUGCUGCUGCUGCUAAGCCUGCUGCAGCUGUUCCCGCUGCUGCCGCGCCUGCCUCGCGCCCUCGCUCUGACACGGAUGAUUUGUUUGGCUCAUCUCCUGCCGCCGUGGCAGCUCAGGCCGUCCCUGCCACAAAGUCAAAGACACCAUCGAAAGGCUUGUUUGGCGACGACACGUCCGAUUUGUUCAGCAAGCCGGCUGCCCCCGCUGCUGCUACUGCUGCUGCUGCUGCUCCCGCGCCGGCGGCUGCACCGCAAGAAGCAACAGUGUCGGCAAAGGCGUCGGCAAAAGUCGGCGCUCUUGGUGCAGGUUUGGCCUUCAACCCUGCCAUGAUGAUGCCUGGCCAACGGCCCGCCAAGCGCUCGGGCUCCACUGCGUCGGAGGACGUGCUUGCCACCUCCUCGGGUGACUCUGAACGCCCGAAGAGCGGCUCGACCUCGUCUGCUGCACCUGCCGAAGACAAUGCAAAGAUUUUGCAUCACGCCAACAAGGAUCGUCCAAAGAUCCAAACGGCGCGCCGCCUCCCGUCUCGCAAAGGCCGCUCCAGCAACUCUGUUUCCAGCACGGCCACCCUGGACGAGGCUGAUGACGAGCCAGAGGCCAAGACCCCCACCAAGACUGUCACGAUUGCGGCUGCGCCAGUGAUUGUGCCCGCUGCAGCAAGCAAGUCGGCUGCUCCCAAGGCUGCUCCCGCCUCGCUGUUUGGCGAUUCUACAAACGAGGAGGACAUUUUUGCAACUCCCAGCCCUGCCAAGAAGCAAGAGGUUGCCCCUGCUGCUGCACCCGCUCCUGUUGCUGCUGCUGCCCCUGCCCCUGCGCCCUCGACGAAAGCCAGCAGCAACUUGUUCGGGGACUCCGAUUCCUCAGACAUCUUUGCCAGUAGCGCGCCCGCCACCAAGGGUAAACGCGGAGCGAGCAUCAAGUCCGUCGACCUGUUUGGCGAGUCGGACAGCAUCUUUGGCCCUGCCAAGCCAGCGUCCAAGGCCGAGCCUGCAGUCGUUGCUGCCAGUCCUAAAGUUGCAGAGCCGACUCCUGCGCCUGCCCCCGUUGCCGAGCCCGCUGCGCCCACUCCGUCCAAGGCCGAGGCUCCCGCUGCCGCUCCUUCUCCCGCACCUGCGGCUGAAACUGCGCCGGCAAAGAAGAGCAAGUCACGCACCCCUGUGGAUUUGUUCGCCGAGGACGACAUCUUUGCCCAGGCUUCGACCUCCCCCGCAUCCGCCAAGAAGUCGAGCAAAAAGAAGGCGGCCGCUGCGACUGCUGCGACUGCCGACGCUGACGACGCCCCUCGCAAGCCGCGCUCGCAGUCGACGCUCUCCACACUCUCCACCGUGUCGGCCGCCGUCGACGCUGUGGUCUCGCGUUCGAACGAAGCGCCCACCCCUGAGAUGCUGUCGGCUGGCCGCGCCAAGGAGGAUCUUGGCUUUAGCACUGCCAUCUCGACCGCGACGAACGCCAAAUCCUCUGCCAUGCUGGACGAUGCAACCACUGCCGCCGCCUCCUCCAGUGGCUCCAUCUUUGACGCCCCGGUUGAGAAACCCACUGCUUCGGCCGCUGAGAACGAAGGCGAGGAUGGCGAGCCGCUGCUGACAGACCUCUCACAAAAGGAGGAAAACCGCAGCCGAUCGCGCAGCUUGUUUGGUGACGACAACACGGACUCGCUCUUCCAGACCAGCGCUGACAAGAAGGGCAAAAAGUCCACCUCUGGACCCAAGGGUAAGAAGAAGGGAGCUGCCGACGAGGCUGCCAAGAAAUCCAGCAAGACCAAGAUUUUCAUUUUCGACGACGACGCUCCUUCCAUCUUUGACGACCCUCUGAGCAAGGCGUCCACUGAUGCUUGAAGACAAUUGGACCUGGCCUGAGCAGCAAUUUUUUUUUCUUGUUCUUGGUGUUCCUUGGACUGAAAUUUUGGUUUGAGGACAAGUAUUUUUUUUUUUUUCGUUCUUUCUUUUCUUUCGGUGUUCUUUUUGUUGAUUCUUCUUGUUUUGUCGAAUAAACCAUUCCUCU